GGGAAUGUGAGAGAGGAGCGAGAGGAGCGAGCGGAGCAGCCGAGCGGUUGGGCUUCGGGAUCCGGGCGGACAGCUCGUUCAUUUUCUAGCAGACACGGAGACUGAGAACAGCCCGCUGUUUUCGCUUCUUCUCACCGGGCGACUCUCUCUGCUCUGCUCCGCUCUCUCUGGACCCGCUGGCCCCAUGAAAGGAGCUACUGAACGGAUCUACUUCUUUAUUCGCGUGUGACGGUCUGAGGGGAAAGAAAGAAAGAAAGAAAUGCAGGGAUUUGUGAGGUUACAGCGCUUACGGUGAGCCGCCCCCUUCAUUUCCACGCGCUUUCUUUGGUUUUUAUGGUAGUAGAUGGAGUGAAUCAGGACGUGUUUACAGCGUCGAAGGCGAAACCUCAGUCGGUCGGCGUGUUUGAGGACUUCACAUCCCCGCUCUGUAGGGCGCUCCAAAGGGGGAAACUACGAGGACCCCCUCCUCCUCCUCCUCCCUCCCACGGCGACUGGAUGGAAGUUGUUUGGAAGACAGGACGGGUAACCCGAGUGCGUUAGCUACAGGGCUAGUUUACUUCAUUUGAGCAGGCUGAGUAAAGCGGCGAGGCAGUGUGUGUGUGUUUGUGAGGCUCAUGAGAUCGCCGUCUAUUGAAAGGCAGUGCGGGAGAGUCUUACGAUGUUAAAACUAGUACUCGGGAGAGUGUGGGAAUAGCCUUUCAAGUCGCCCACAUGCGCUGGAUCGGCCUCUUGGUGCGGGAACGGAAUCCGAAGCUGAGGGAAGACGCGAGCAACCCCGUGCAGGCUGGAAGAUGGCGCCGGAGCCGCGGAGCCGGAGGCGGUGAGAGAGCCCGACUUGGAGCCACUCGACCUUGGUUUGCGAGCGCCGCCGAUCCGCCGACCCAUGCAGGCCAAAAAGCGCUACCUGAUCUCGCUGCUGACGGGCGCCUCCCUCGUGCUGCUGCUCUACUUCGGCGGCGUGCCGGGCCCAGCUCCGGCCACCAGCCGGCAUGAGCGCGCGCGAGGAGGUGGCGGCGGCGGGCGGCGCUCCGGGCAGCCGUGGCCGCACACGUCCGAGCCCUUCCAGCCGUUCAGCCCGGGGGAUGAGACAGACACGGUGGAGUACAACGCGCACGUGUCGCCGCGGCAGAAGCGCGAGGUGCACGCGAGCGUGUACCGGGGCAAGCGCUGCCGCAUGGACUCGUGUUUCGACUUCUCGCUGUGCCGGCGGAACGGCUUCAAGGUGUACGUGUACCCGCAGCAGAAGGGCGAGAAGAUCUCGGAAAGCUACCAGAGCAUCCUGGCGGCCAUCGAGGGCUCGCGCUUCUUCACCUCGGACCCGAGCCAGGCGUGCCUCUUCGUGCUCAGCCUGGACACUCUGGACCGCGACCAGCUUUCGCCGCACUACGUGCACAACCUGAAGAGCAAGGUGCAGAGCCUGCCGCUGUGGAACGACGGCCGGAACCACUUGGUGUUCAACCUGUACUCGGGCACGUGGCCGGACUAUACGGAGGACCUGGGCUUCGACAUCGGCCAAGCCAUGCUGGCCAAGGCGAGCGUGAGCACGGAAAACUUCCGACCCGGCUUCGACGUGUCCAUCCCGCUCUUCCCCAAGGAGCACCCGCGCAGCGGCGGCGAGCGGGGCCACCUCAGGGCCAACAGCAUCCCACCCUUCCGCAAGUACAUGCUGGUGUUCAAGGGGAAGCGCUACCUGACCGGCAUCGGCUCGGACACGCGCAACGCCCUCUACCACGUGCACAACGCCGAGGACGUGGUGCUGCUCACGACGUGCAAACACGGCAAGGACUGGCAGAAGCACAAGGACGCGCGCUGCGACAAGGACAACGCCGAAUAUGACAAAUAUGACUACCGUGAAAUGCUCCACAACUCCACCUUCUGUCUGGUUCCACGAGGACGGCGCCUGGGCUCCUUUCGCUUCCUGGAGGCUCUGCAGGCUGCCUGUGUGCCCGUCAUGCUGAGUAACGGUUGGGAGCUUCCCUUCUCUGAGGUCAUCGACUGGAACACAGGCGCUGUGAUAGGAGACGAGAGGCUCCUGCUGCAGAUCCCCUCCACAGUGCGCUCCAUCCAUCAAGAUAAGAUUUUGGCUCUGAGGCAGCAGACACAGUUCCUGUGGGAGGCCUACUUCUCAUCAGUGGAGAAGAUUGUACUCACCACUCUGGAAAUCAUUCAGGACCGGGUCCUCCAGCACACGGCCCGCAGCAGUCUGAUGUGGAACAGCCAUCCUGGAGGGCUCUUCACCCUGCCCCAGUACUCUUCCUACCUGGGGGACUUCCCCUUUUACUACGCUGGACUUGGGAUCAAACCGUACCCCAAGUUCACUGCAGUCAUCCACGCAGUCACCCCCCUGGUAUCCCAGUCCCAGCCCAUCCUCAAGCUCCUGGUGGCGGUCGCCAAGUCUCAGUAUUGUGCUCAGAUUAUUGUAUUGUGGAAUUGCGACAAGCCUUUACCUGCCAAGCACCGAUGGCCUGCCACCUCUGUGCCCGUCAUAGUAAUCGAAGGAGAGAACAAGGUGAUGAGCAGUCGUUUUCAGCCGUAUGAAAGCAUCAUCACUGACGCUGUGUUGAGUUUAGAUGAGGACACGGUGCUCUCCACCACAGAGGUGGAUUUUGCCUUCACAGUAUGGCAGAGCUUCCCAGAGAGGAUCGUGGGUUAUCCUGCCCGCAGUCAUUUCUGGGACAGUAAUAAGGAGCGCUGGGGCUACACCUCCAAAUGGACCAACGACUACUCCAUGGUUCUGACUGGAGCUGCCAUUUACCACAGAUAUUACCACUACCUGUACACACACUUCCUGCCAAGCAGCCUAAAGAACAUGGUGGACCAGCUCGCAAACUGUGAGGACAUCCUUAUGAAUUUCCUGGUAUCAGCUGUGACCAAGCUGCCACCUAUCAAGGUCACCCAGAAGAAGCAGUACAAGGAGACCAUGAUGGGACAGUCAUCCCGAGCAUCUCGCUGGGCAGACCCGGACCACUUUGCCCAGCGGCAGACGUGCAUGAACAAGUUCGCCAGCUGGUUUGGCGGCAUGCCCCUGGUCCACUCCCAAAUGAGACUGGACCCAGUCCUGUUCAAGGACCAGGUCUCCAUCCUCCGCAAGAAAUACAGGGAGAUUGAGCGGCUUUGACCAGACGGGCGCCCCCUACUGACCGCACAGCAGGGGGCACUGAGACUUUCUGUGGAGAGGAGGAGGACCACAGAAGUUCCGGCUGUGGUUCCACCUCUCUUUUCCACUCCGUACACUGUCAGUGACCAAGCUGGCAGAACGUGAGCGCUGUCUGGGGACACUCAUACACAGGCGCACCCACAGGACGCACACUUUUGACCACGAGACUCUUUGGAAGACUUAUUGUUUUUGUUUGUUUUUCUUUUGUAAUGAAUGCCGUAAAUGACUGACGAUCUUUGCCAGCACAUGAGAGAAUAUGGGAAAAGGCAGGAGGGAUGCAUCAAUGUGACUUCAUGCUAACUACAUCAAGCUACAUCAGGAUCUAAACCACAAUCCACCAUCUCCUCCUAGUCUCAAAACAUACUACCAAUGCCAUAUGUCUGUCUCUGUCUUCAUCUGAGGACUGAUUUUGUAUGUUCAUCAUGUGUCUUCUGAAGGUUGGUAAUUUGUCAUAUUUUAUCAUUCAGUUCUUUGAAUCAUUUCAGUAGUGAGCAGUACACACUUUACGAAAAGGUUAGUGGUCGCAGAAGCAGAAAGUACUGUUGCUUAUUGACAAGGGAAUUGGUCUUCAUUUCCUCCUCAUUGCCAAUUUCUCCACUAUACUACGGAGGCACAUUCAACAUGAUUCAUAAGGGUAUUUUAUUGGUUUGUUUUAUUUAAUUGUUAAUUCCUUCAGUGCCAAGAUUUGUCAGUUGCCUUUUUACUGACAUAUCACCCCCUCAUAAAAAAUAUAUAUAUAUAAUUAAAAUCUAUGCACUGAACGGCCUUCAUCAGUUCUGAAAUAUGCUGUCACCUUUAGUCAAAAAUGCAAGCGAGUGGAGGCAUCUGUUUUGGUGUGACGGGCCAUUCUUGUCGGCAAAGUGCUCGAGUUUUUAAGAAAAGCACUUAACGCUGGUAUGUGACAAGUUUCAUUGUGACUUAUAGGCCAAAUUUCAGCAAGCUGUUCCUUGCCUCUUUGUUCUGUUCCAGCCCAAUGAAGAAUGAGUUAUCUGUCAGGGUCAUGGCACCACCUCAUCGUUCACCGCUUUGUAGUCCUUUUGUAUUGUGACUCGCCUCCAUGUACAAGACUUCCUCACCCACUACUAACCCAUGCCCACAAGAUGUAUGUCCUCAAUUUUACCUGUUCAGAAGUAGGUGUGUGUUUUUAUUAAAUAAAACAUGUGCAUCCUCUCAGUCAUUGAUUUUAUAUCAAGGGAAUGGCGCUUAAGAUAAGGGGCAGAAGACCCCUGUAUUUCUCUGCAGUCUCCAGAGCAGAAGUGUUAGUCUUUAUAAUGAAGCAGAGCUCCCUGCCAGUCUCUGCUCACACAGGUACUUGAAUGUCUGAUGACUUGAAGGAGCGCUGUGCUUUAGUGGCCUUUUGUGAAGGUGAUUGGACUUAAAGUGAGCCAGCUGUGAGCCAAAGUCUGUUUUUUUGUUUUUUUUUGUUUUUUUUUUCCUGUCCUUUUUUGAAUAAGAUCCUCUGUGGACAGUAACUUCCUUCAUAAAUCUGAGAACUUUGCUUUUAGUCUUACUGUACUGAAAAGCAUAUCGGCAAUGGUUAAAAAAAACAAAAAAAGAAAAAGAAACCACAGAUUUGUAUGUAUAAUUAUAAAUCAUAUAAAUCACACACUACAUUUUUCUUUUUAACAUGGUUUAACCCACAAUGAAAUUCAAGAUGUUUGUAUUUUUUUUAUAUAUAUUUUUUUAAUAGAACCAAGCUGUAUUAAUGCCAAGAUUUAGACUGUAUUUUGUGUUCUUUAGGAAUUGUCUGAUGCAGAAAGCUAUUUAAAUUUCCACUUAACUAACCUGUCCUUUAUAAUGAUCUAAAAAAAAAGUCAUUGUAAGAACUGACAUUUUGAAAUAAGUGAACUGGAAACGAAAGGUGGUUAAAAAAAACCCUGAAGCAAAACUGAACAUUCGCCGUGUGUAUUUGUGUCUGCAGUUUGCAAUAUUUCCUGAUGUGAGAUUUAUCACAAUCUCCUAUUAUAGAUGAUGCUUCACUCUGUAUUCACAACAUAUGCAGGUGAAGAUCAAAAAGAAAUGUUUCCAGAAUGUUGGGUUUAAUUGCUGUGUUCACCUUCAAGCAUGACAGAUGCUGGUAACUAAUGAGUAAUAGCAAUAUUGCUGGUAUGAAACCACUGGCCCACAUCUGGUCAACUAUUAAGUUCAGUAAACCCUCUUAUUUAAAGUCAUAUCAAGCCUUUAUCUAUGAUUGUCUGAGUUGUUGUGACCAUCUCAUAUCAAAGUUUCAUUUGUAGCCUUGCACAAUUUCAUAGACAAAUCAGACAUUUGAAAAAUGUAGACUUGCUGUACAUAAACUGUAUUUAUUUUCACACGAAUAAAACUAAGCAAAUAUGUAUAGUACGCGAUAUCUGACGCAACAUGGAGAUGACUUUGGAGGACAGCUGUACAGCAUCAAAAAAAUCUACUCUGUGUAAGAUGUACAUUUUGUCUCCCCCCCACCCAACCUGUCUGCCAAUAUUGUUUGCCAAAAGGACAUGAUGACACACUACGUCCAGUUGUUUUCCCCAGUAUGCACUUGGUCCAUUUUAUUAAUGUGAGUAGAUGCAAAAUCAGCUGAUAUAUAUGUGCUGUUAUGGUAGUUUGUUCAUUUGUCAGAAAGCAUUCAUCAUUAAUUGGCAUCUUUUGAAUGCUAAUGCUGCUGCCACUGCAUACUCAGUCACCAAAGACUUGUGGUAAGCAAGAGGCAUUAGAAAAAUGGAUUCUUUUAACAUUUUAUACUGGGUUCUUUUUCUUUCCUAUAGCUGUAAUACACAUUCUGCAUUCCGUUUUGAUCCAGAGACUAUUCUCUUCUAAAGCUACUACAACUGGCAUGAUUGUUUGUAAAUGAUUAAUUUUCAGUCAUGCAUAACCUUCUGUGAUUAGCAAUAAGGAAGACAGCACUCGAGAAACACGAGGGCAGGCAUGAGCAGUCGUUCUUUCUGAUUUUCUGAUUGUGCCUUUGACUAAAUUUGAUCGGAGAAUUUAAUGACCCACUUCAAAUGGAGGAGAGGGGCAUAGGAAGCUGUAAGAUGCCCUUAAAGACAUGCCAGAUAGCAGCUUUACACUGUCUUACACUGGAGUCUCUCAGCAUCCAUUACGCACUCAUUGCAACCACCAGAACUGCAUGACCACUUUAGAGUACAUAGGAGAAUCUGCCGACUUUUUUAUAUAUAUAUAUAUAUAUAUAUAAAAAUAUAUAAUUUGCUCCCUCCUGUCCUUACCAUCCUCCUUUCUCCCUGUAAUUAACAAAAAGACUUUUUAUAGAGGUAACAAAGAAAAUAGAAUAAUGACAAUUUUGUAUGAAUGAUUUAUAAGAAAAUGAAUAAAAGUCAAAUUUGAUGGUAUAUGACGA